AUGCCCAGCCCAGCACUUCUGUGUUUCCUGGUCUUCCUGGCCGGGGUAGGAGCCAGCCGACACCAGAGCACCCUGUCUGAGGACAACUGCACCCACUUCUCAGUCAGCCUGCCCCACAUGCUCCGAGAGCUCCGAGCUGCCUUCGGCAAGGUGAAGACGUUCUUUCAAACCAAGGACGAGCUGCACAGCAUAUUGUUGACUAGGUCCUUGCUGGAGGACUUUAAGGGUUACCUGGGUUGCCAAGCCUUGUCCGAGAUGAUCCAGUUUUACUUGGAGGAGGUGAUGCCCCAGGCUGAGAACGAGGACCCGGACAUCAAACAGCACGUGAACUCCCUGGGAGAAAAGCUGAAGACCCUCCGGCUGAGACUGCGGCGCUGUCAUCGAUUUCUGCCCUGUGAAAACAAGAGCAAGGUGGUGGAGCAGGUGAAGAGUACCUUUAGUAAGCUCCAAGAGAAAGGUGUCUACAAAGCCAUGGGUGAGUUUGACAUCUUCAUCAACUACAUAGAAGCUUACAUGACAAUGAAGAUGAAAAUCUGAAACAUGGUGGGGAACGAAACAUCCAGGAUGCAACUCUUCUGGACUCUAGGACAUAAAUUGGAGAUCUACAAAAUCCUACUCAGGGAUAUGGGAGAACCAAACAGCUCCUUGGAGAACCCGGUCAUACCUCUCUCUUAGAAUAUUUAUUACUUCUGAUACCUCAACUCCCAUUUGUAUUUAUUUACUGAGCUUCUCUGUGAACUAUUUAGAAAGAAGCCCAAUAUUAUAAUUUUUUUCAAUAUUUAUUUUUUUUCACCUGUGUGUAAGCUGUUUAUGUAGGGUGAUACCCUAUGAUAUUUGAGUAUUUUAAGAGAAAUUGUAACUUAUAUAAGGAAAAUAUGUUUCUUGGGGAGCCUACUGAUGCUUCCAUUCCAAGCCUGACCAUACUUAUAGCUGUUGAGCUAUUGUUCCUGACCUCCCUAUAAUUUCUCUGGGCCUGGGGCUCCUAGAGUAUUGUAAAGACUCUUACGCUCUUAGGAGGAGAAACUAGGGAGCCCCUUUGAUAAUUAAUAUUCCAGUGGCUCAGAGGGAUUCCCUUGACCCCAUUCCCCAACCUCUUCAUUCUUGAAAGCUGUGUCCUGCUUGUUAUUUAUAACAACCUAAAGUUGGUUCUAAUAGAACUCAGUUUUAACUAGAAGCAAUUCAAUUCCUCUGGGAAUGUUACAUUGUUUGUCUGUCUUCAUAGCAGAUUUUAAUUUUUAAUAAAUAAAUGAGUCUUAUUAAAAUUAUGUUAUGGCAUCA